CCCUAAUUUUGAAGAGCAAUGGGUGUGUGCAAGCUCGGGCAUGGAGGAGGGAGGAUGAAGCUCACGGCGAUCUGACAAAGGGCGAUUCGUCGACAAAUUUCUCGUUAUGGGGAUCACAAGGGCUCCGGAUUGAAUGCGUCGCAACUUGCGCCGAUCAUUGCAGCAGCAGCAGCAUCAGCGUAAUUAAUUGGGAGGCAAGGGGACGCUGCGCUCGAGGGAGGACGUGUGAGAAAAUGCGAGGGCCGACAACGGCGUUGCAUUUAUUGAGGAUCGCGCACGGAGACGAUGAGAAUGGGGGUGGUGCUGCCGAUGAUGCAGCUCCCACAUGGAGCCUGUACUAGAUUCUGCACUCGGGGAGGUUGUUCUCGCAGUACUCUCCUUCAUUCCUGUGCUCUGGCAUCUUCGUCGUCACUAAGCUUGUCCCGACUUCCGACGUCAGUGCGUAUAUUUGGGGUGCGGGGUUUGCGGGGUCGGUAGCUGAAUGGCCUUUGAAGCGUCUAUCUCGCGCGGCUUGGACCUGGAGGAUUCUUGGGAGCUGUGUUUGACACUUUCCCGUUGCGUUGCUAACUUGGGCAGUAAUUGUGUCCAAGUCAUGCUUAUCCGAUCGAGGAGUCGAAUUUCAUAAUCUGAGUUCGUAGCUGAUGUGUGAAGCUUAGGGGGUAAUGGCGACCACGACAACUUGGUAAUGUGGUGAAUGCGUCGGUUGAAGUAUGUUAGCCUUGGACAGCAAACAUUUUCAGAAUUUCACUCAGGUUGGAACGAACUGGUAUUUUUCGGGUUUCGCUCGAACUGAAACGAUACUUUAGUAGUAGUUCAAAGGAAGGAGGGUUACUGUUUUACGUGUGUUGGAAUUCAACCAGGAAAUGCUCAUUGAAGGUAAGUGCUUGCCGAAUGCCACAGUAAUAAUAUUAUUGUCUAAUGUGUAGCCAGAUGGAGGUGUACGCUAUAUUGGCAGGAGCAUGCACAUUACACGUUAUUGCAAAAUUUAUGCAGAAUACCCUGGAUACAUUUUAUUUAUUUUUAUUAAAAAAACCCCUAUAAAAACAAACAAAGGUGACGGGGAAGGGGAGGAGGAAGAAUAGAGGUGGUGGUGUUUAUGUGAAGGGGGUGCCACUUGCGUCCGAUCCCCAAAGCAUCGAUGCGCCGCCCAUGCCAUGCGCCUCGGCGUUGCAAGGCUAUGUAGACAAGAGCUAUGAUAGGCUUUACUUUUGGGCGAUAAUUUUGGCCAUCACUCGUGCGACCCAGCGUUGUGAUUAAUGAGGUAGCUUCAGACGCCGCCAGGGAGUCCCGGCGAGUAUAGGGAGCUGCAUAAUAGUGGUGGGUGACCUCUCCCGCGGCGGUCCAAUUUGCAGCAUAUCCAGCUCCCCAAUCUAAUUUUGCCAACAAGUACAUUGUCAAAGAUGAAGCAUGGAGCUUCCAUUCAGCUCUUGUCGUCGCAAGCACCGUGCACAGUCAUCAACAUUUGCGAAUCGUUCGACUCAGCUUCGGCAUGGUGAAGUGGACCCGAUUCACACGAGUCACAAAUUCAGGAGAGGCUGAAGUAAAUGCGCUGUGGUGAUUGAUCACAGCACCGAUCAUUGGGGAUGCCGAAAUUGGAAGAUUAGGUUUCAAAAUUAGGCGCAACGCCACAUGGACAGAAACAGGACAAAUCGGCAGAAUGUUGAGAAGGGUCUCGAAGGAUUUAUUGAUCGAGACCAUGGGAAUCUAGGAGCUACGAUUCGAGAUUUCAGCAAAACUUGCCAGUUGGCCACGUACAUUGUAACCCCCCUAAAAAUUGUAACCCCCUAGAACCCAAUCGUCGAUUCCGCGUUUGAAAUUCGACAACACUAGGUGGGGUUCAAGGCUAUUGAUCCCGAGGUCCGGUCCCUGGGGUCACGUUAGCUUCUGACGAGGAAGGCCGGUUUUGAAAAAGGGUCUUGCUGUGUGCUCGUGAUAAGAAGGCACUGUGGGCUUCUGUAGGGAUUCGCAUCGUUGGAUUCGCAUCAACCUUCAGUAGUUUUCUGUGAGGAGACAAGAUUGCAGAUCCGGGUGCAGGUGGUCUUGGUCUCUGAAACGGGCAAGGAAGCUUGUUCACAAUCUACACCUGGCUUUGUGUAUGCAUCGAAGAGUAGCCAAUGUUUACGAGGCUUAAUGGGAUUGGAGUUAGUUGUGGGAAGUAGACUCGAGAACUCUCACAUGACACGGGUUGCAAUUGAAACGUUUCAGAGUUUCUUGCUUGUGUGUUUAGCUUGUAUUUAACCGACGUCUUCUCGAAUUUAAGGAGCCGGAAGGGAAUUGAAGGCACCACUCCCUUCGUCUCUGGCCAUUUGAGGCUGUGUUGCUUGCCAGAAGAACGCACCCAUUGCGUGCUUAAUGUGGCGUUGUCUCCGUGAACGAUGCCGUUGCUUGGUUACGUUCCGCGCUCUUGCUGCUAAGCUUCACCCUCAGUGAGACUUUGAAGGAAAGAUCCAGCUGUUGUGCUGUAAGCACAAUGAAAGCUUCUCUCAUUCCAUUACGCAAGGAGACGUAAAUAUUUGGAGAGUAACGAGCGCUGCGGAAUGUCUUCUAUCCGAUAGCUGUCAGCGCUACUAUCAUCGUAGUACGCGCUCUCAAGCCAGCCCUUCGAAAUGUGUUUGUUGUUCGCAAGGAGUGGUCAUUAACUUGCAAGCAGUAGAUGCGAUAAUUUACCCUUGUGAGUAAACUCUCCAACAAUAAUAAUCUUCCUAUUACGAGAUUGUGGGGUCCGAUUUGCAAACUGGCUGGAGUGAAAACAAUGCUCAAGCCAUUUGGAGGUCUUUAGUGACUGGAUGAUUCUUGUUCUAGCAGCGUUACUAUCAGCAAAUCUUUGGAUUUGUGGCAGCCAUGUCGCCAUUUAUGGAUUUGGCUCCAGAACGCAAAUCGAAUGGAGUGGUGCCUAAGGUCGAGCAGCGAGUUCCUUCAAAUUCCAGGAGCAUUGAAGCGAGUCGAUCUGAUAAGGGUUCCUCUGCGUGCAACGCAUCAAAGCCAGGAGAACCAAGAACCUCAGGCGGUGUUAUUUUUGAAGGCAUUGCGCUGACGGAGAACGGUUCAAUGAAGAAGAAGAGGACUUCGAAGUUCCUCAUUAAGCAGUUUGGAAUUAUUGAUAAACCUGCUGAUGGAAGCCUCCGGCGGAACCUUGAGCUUGUAGGCAAAGACUAUGUAUUCACCGUUUCGGAACCCAGAACCGUGUCUAACACUUACGUUUCAGUGCAAUCAGACGCAAAUUCUGAGGAUGCUGCUGAUCAGGAUGGAAUCGGGCUGGGAUCGGAAUUCACAAAACCUUUUGUUGACUCCGUAGUUGCUCUCGCAGACUCUGCUGUAGGAAAGCAUCUGAAUGUGGCUAAAGCGACGCCCAUAGAUUACAGAUUUACAAAUCGGGGGUGUGUGGAGAAACAUCGCUGGAAUGUGGCGAAGCUGCCCAUCGAGUUGGAUUUUAGGCAAGAAGAACGUGGGGUUGGAGGAGGAGAGGUGCCUGUAGAUUCUGAAACGAAGUGCUCACCGAGGAAUUCAUUACGAGUAGGACUGCAUUCAAACUCAGGUAAUCAUUCUUCGUCUGAGGAAAGGUCGCCGACUGGCUCAGAGAGGUUAUCUUUCAGUCAAGGUGGCAGUCCUCGCUCAGAGGGGUCUGUCUUGUCAAUUCCGGAGACGGUCAUGUCCAGCCCCGAACAUGGAGUUUACAGUGACGGCAGCGUUCAGUCGCACUCUAGGAUGAGUCCCUCAAGCGUGGUCGAGUGGUCAAGCCAGUCUUUCGAAACUCGUGGAGAACUUGGCAUUGGUAGGUUGACAUCCAGGGAGGAUCGAAUCAUCACCGGAAAUUUGCGUCGCUCAAGUCUAACGAAUGUCCAACCGCCCACUCAGUGUGAAACCCAAGCACUUGACAACGGUGCAGAUGGCUUGGACUCUCGAGCAGAGAUACAUCACGAAACAACUUCUGCAAGCUCAGAGUCGUCCGUAUCCCGACGUUCUUUAUGCUGUCGAUCUGGGGAAUGGGUGUCCGAGGAUGAGGAUUCAGACGGCGUGUCAAAUCACGAACGUAGGGCUAAACAUCGAAGUGAUGCAAGUUACUCUAGCUAUUCAUCUUAUCAUGGAUCCCAAUCUAGAUCUCGGUCUACUUCUUCUUCUUCUACUACUACUACUUCAGGUUCUAGUAGUAGCAGAGGUUACGCAGAAUGCUAUGAUCGCAAACCGAAUGGUUCAAGCAUGGCCAAAUUCACUUUUCCAAGUCGUCGCACGUCGAAAUGGCGCGAUGGAAACUCCGAAGCUAGCCCCAGGAUAGCGGCUCAACCCCGCAAACACAGAAACAAGAAAGGCCGUGAAGGCGGUACUCAAAGCCACUCAUGCGAAGUUGACGACAUGGCUAUAUCACUGGAUUCAAUCACUCCCCAGGAAGCUACAGCAGUGUUCCAUGACGAGGUGGCUCGAAUGAUGCUUGAAGAAGGGCAGGACUGUGGUGAAGCGCAUGACGUCGAGGAGUUUCUCCAAGGAUAUAUGAGCUUACGGUCGCCCUUCUAUCUGUCCAUGGUAGACAAUUUUUUUAGAGCUGUGUGUGUGGAUUGUUAUAAACGACCCUUGGAGCUUCCGGUUGGCGCCACACCUCGCAUUCGCAACAGAUCGGGGUCCUCCCUCAUCUCCAAAUCCUUGAGACGAGAACGCAGGCUCGCUGCUUCGACAGGUUGAGCAGCAUGUCUUGAUUCUACUCGGGAGAGUUUUCAGGUGCCUAGAAAACCAAGAGGACCGCUUCGGUCGAACCAUACCGAUGGGCCAUUGAGAACAGUAGCUUCCCAGACGUAUAAUUCAAGGACAAAGUGCUUGUACACAUAUAAUUUCCUCGUUUAAUCCAUCAUCCAUCUCCUACCAAGCUUACAAACGUUGGCAUUGCAGCUCGGUGCUGUUUUUAAUUUUUGAAGGCAAGCAUGAUUACCAAGCAUGUGUGAGCAAUUGCAA